AGCCAUUUUGGCUCAAGGGCGCUCGCUGCUGCUGCCCCGGUCUCGCGCCGGAAGUAGACGGGAAGAGAGCCCGCAGUCAUGCGGCUGCUUGCCGCCUGGUCCCUCGCGCCGCUCGUUGCGGCUGCCGGCCAGGCGAAUGCGCCAGAGUUGCCAGCCACCACCGUGACCCUGUACAAGGUGUCACAGGGCCCCGACGAGUGUGGUCAGUUCACGAUAGAUGCGCGGCUGAAGGAGGCAGCGGAGAAGUGGCUCCAGAUGGCGGAGGGCCAUUGCGGCGCCCAUGGCUACGAGGAGCCGACGGGCAGCCGCAGCGCCGUUGUGCCAAUCAUCGGCGGGCACGUCAACGUGACGCUCUACAAGAAGGCGGACCCCCUGGCCGGCCUGAAGAAGGCGGGCAAGGGCGCCUUGAGCCAGGCCCUCGCCCGGGCGAUGGGCCUGCCCACCGAGAGGUUGCCCGUGUGCUGCAAGACCUGCGAGGAGGGAAGAUCAAAGUAUUACGAGAUCAACGACGAGAAGCGGCUGUGCAGCGAAGUCUGCAUGACGCCGCAGGCCGCCCUCGUGGCCAGGUUCUUCGCGCCGAGCCUCGUAGAAGCCGAGAGCGGCGCCGUGUGCGCGAGCCUCGGCUACGAGAUCUACAACGAGACCGUGGCCAAGGGCCCGGGCGUCCAGGCGGACGUGUACGCGUGGGGCGCGAAGCCGGCGGAGGCGGACGAGGGCUGGACCACAAUCUACCGCUCCGAAGGCGCUGAGUGCUUCCAGGCCACCGCCGCGCGCAGGUACGCCGACCUUGCAGUGGCGGCCGCGGGCUUCCAGGAGGGCCGCUGCGCGGACGGCGGCUUCACGGAGGAGCAGGACGCCCAGGUGCCCGGGCUGCUGACCGGCGAGGCGAGGCUCACGCUGUGGAAGAGGCCGGGGGAGUUGGCCCUCGGGGACAUGCUGCGCUUCACGAGGAGCAUGUUCGGGGAGGAAGGUGGGGGCUCCGCGACGCGGGAGCCCAGCCUGAUGGACUUCCUCGUGUGAACCGGGGGCAGGAUAGGCUAGGACCGUUCGCGAAGCGAAACCUUGUGUCAGCGCGUCAGCCAGGGUGGUGGUGGUGGUGGUGGUGGUGAGUUGGGGAGCAGCAGGCAGACGAGGAGGAGUGUGAGCCAAAGUGCUACCCUUCGCUUCCUCGGUAUCUGCCAGGCGGUGCCUCCUGCGGUCGAUUGACCACUCUCCCGCGUCCUUGGCCCACUUCCUCCACCUCUUGCUCCUCCUCCUCCUGCCCCUCCUGUCCCCCUCCUCCCGAGACCCACGUGGACAAGACAGUGAUCACAGUCUCUGCUGCGCCGCCUCUCGAAUUGCGCUUGCCGCCCGACUUGUUGUACACAACGGCCUGUAUUGCGCACUGGGUCCUGGCGCCAGAGAUGCUGGCCGCACAGGAUACAAA